GUACAAGUGUAGCUGUAACUCAAAAGUUCAACGUUCAAACCCUAGCUAAUUCCCUAUUUCCCCACUCGACUCCUGCGGCAUACGACCCACCUCCCCAUUCCACCACUCCUCCCAGCGGCGCACCCUCCCCAUUCCCCCACUCUCUUCCUGCGGCUCCAGUGCACCACCGGCAAUCAGCUUACUCGACUAUAGGCUAUGUUUUGUAAGAAAGACAGAAACUAAAGGUUCUUGAAAAUAUGGGCAUUUUUGAAGCCUUUAGAGCAAUUGGCUACAUUACAAGUUCAAUACCUUUCUCUGUUCAAAAACUUGGCACUGAAACUUUCGUCACUGUUAGUGUUGGAAAAGCUUGGCAAAUCUACAAUUGUGCUAAGCUUAACUUGGUACUUGUUGGUCCUCAACUCCCCAAGAAAAUUCGGGCUUUAGCUUCUUAUCGUGAUUAUACCUUUGCAGCAUAUGGGAACAAAAUUGCAGUAUUCAAACGUGCUCAUCAGGUUACAACUUGGAGUUCACAUAGAGCAAAGAUCAAGCUAUUGUAUUUAUUUGGUGACCACAUUUUGAGUGUCGACGUUGAUGGACAUAUGUUUAUAUGGGCAUUUAAAGGAAUUGAGCAAAAUUUAGAGCCCAUUAGCCAUAUUGUGUUGGAUGACAGAUUUUUACCCACUUGUAUUGUGCAUCCAGAUACUUACUUGAACAAGGUUAUUUUGGGGGGCCAGAAAGGCAAUUUGCAGCUUUGGAAUGUUAACACAAAGAAAAAGCUUUAUGAUUUCAAGGGUUGGAAUUCUCCCAUUUCUUGCUGUGUCCCGUCUCCAGCACUAGAUGUUGUUGCUGUAGGUUGUGCCGAUGGGAAAAUCCAUGUCCAUAAUAUGCGUUAUGAUGAAGAGCUUGUCACAUUUACACAUUCAAUGCGUGGUGCUGUGACUGCUUUAUCUUUUAGCACAGAUGGGCAACCUCUGUUAGCAUCUGGAGGUACUUCUGGUGUCAUUAGUAUAUGGAAUCUUGAGAAAAGAAGGCUGCAAUCAGUUAUAAGAGAGGCUCAUGACAGUGCAAUUAUUUCACUUCACUUCUUUGCAAACGAGCCUGUUCUUAUGAGUGCAUCAGCAGACAACUCUAUUAAAAUGUGGAUAUUCGACACUACUGAUGGGGACCCACGGCUUUUACGGUUCCGGAAUGGUCAUAGUGCACCUCCUCUUUGUAUAAGGUUUUAUGCAAACGGUAGGCACAUUCUCUCUGCUGGCCAAGAUCGAGCUUUCAGGCUUUUUUCCGUUGUUCAGGAUCAACAAAGUAGGGAGCUCUCGCAGCGUCAUGUUGCUAGAAGAGCCAAGAAGCUAAGGAUAAAGGAGGAAGAAAUCAAACUGAAGCCUGUUGUAGCAUUUGAUUGUGCUGAAAUUAGGGAGCGUGAUUGGUGCAAUGUGGUUACUUGUCACAUGGACACGUCUGAAGCAUAUGUUUGGAGACUGCAAAACUUUGUAUUGGGAGAGCACAUACUAAAGCCCUCUGAAGAAAAUCGGACUGCAGUAAAGUCUUGCGCUAUUAGUGCAUGUGGAAACUUUGCUGUUCUUGGGACAUCUGGUGGUUGGGUUGAGCGGUUUAAUCUCCAAUCUGGGCUAAGCCGAGGGUCUUACUUGGAUAAGUCUGAAAGAAGGAGCUGUGCUCAUGAUGGAGAAGUGGUUGGAGUAGCUUGUGAUUCAACAAAUACCCUUAUGAUAACUGCAGGAUAUUAUGGUGAUAUAAAGGUAUGGGAUUUCCGGGGUCGUGAGUUGAAAUCCAGAUGGGAAGUAGGCUGUCAUGUAAUUAAGAUAGUUUACCAUAGGCCUAAUGGGUUAUUGGCUACUAUUGCUGAUGAUUUGGUCAUUCGUAUAUUUGAUGUUGUGGCACUUAGAAUGGUUCGAAAAUUUGAAGGACAUAAAGACCGUGUUACCGAUAUGUGCUUUAGUGAGGAUGGAAAAUGGCUUCUUUCGUCCAGCAUGGAUGGAACACUUCGAAUUUGGGAUGUUAUUUUAGCUAGACAAAUAGAUGCGGUUCAAGUUGAUGUGGCCAUCACAGCACUCUCUCUGUCUCCUAAUAUGGACGUCCUUGCAACUACUCAUGUUGAUCAAAAUGGUGUCUACUUAUGGGUUAAUCAGGCGAUGUUCUCUGGAUCAUCUAGUAUUGAACCGUAUGCUAGCGGGAAGAACGUUCAGCAUGUCAGUUUGCCAUCUGUUAGUACAGCUCAGGGUAGUAAAGACACUGAUCUUGAGGAAGGAGAUACUGAGCAUUUAUAUUUAGAAAAGACUGCCAAAAUGCCCAUAUUCGACCAGAAAAUGCCUGAUUUAAUUACACUCUCACUUUUGCCCAAGACCCAGUGGCAAAGCUUGGUCAAUCUGGACGUUAUUAAGGUUCGCAAUAAACCCAUUGAGCCUCCUAAGAAACCUGAAAAGGCGCCAUUCUUUUUAUCUUCAAUUCCGUCUCUUUCAGGGGACAUUAUGUUUAAACCAAGUGAGGUGGUUAAUGAGGAGCCAAAGGAUGGAGAUUCUAGACAUAAUUUUGAUCACAUGACUGGUUUGCCUCCUUCACCAUUUGUGCAAGUGCUCCAGUCUGCUGCAGAAUCCAAAAACUUUUCAGCAUUCACCGAUUACAUUAAAGGUUUAUCUCCUUCAUCUUUGGAUAUGGAGCUUCGAAUGCUUCAAAUUAUUGAUGAAGAUGAAUUUCAAGAACUCAGUAAAGGACCAGCAUUGCUUUCACUUGGUCUGCUUUUAGAUUAUUUCCUUCAUGAAAUAUCUUUCAGAAACAAUUUUGAGUUCGUGCAGGCGGUUUUGAGACUGUUUCUAAAGAUUCACGGAGAAACAGUGCGAUGUCAAUCACAGCUUCAGGAGAAGGCACAGAAGUUAUUAGAAACGCACUGUGCAGUGUGGCAAAGUGUAGAUAGAUUAUUUCAGAAUUCUAGAUGUAUGAUUGCUUUUCUUAGCAAUUCUCAAUUUUGAAGCUUCUAAAUAGGAUGCUCUUAAGUAACAAAAUUUUGAAUGUAAUUUUGUUUAUCAUGAUUUGGCUCGAGAUUAGGGUGAUUUACCGUGUAGGCUUUAAAAGGUAGCUCGAUAGCAUAUUUUUUCGUCCAAAACGUGCCUGUUUGUUUUGCCCGAAACCAAGAAUUUUGAUGUCAUUUGACGUACAACAAUUUCUAUAUGCCUAUUAUUUACUUA